AUCUGGUCACUGCCAUUGUUGUCGCAGUUCUUUUUUUCUUGCAAUGAUUGCGACGUAUUUCGUUCCGGCGGCUUGUUGUAAGUCAUGGUUGCUAGCUCGGUAAUUGUAGUCAUUCCCGAAAACUAGCUCUGUCCCACAAUGCGCGUCAUCUCUGCCCCUCAAUAUGUCGGUUACUCGGCACCGCCACCGCUGCUGCUCCCUGCAUAGAGGGAUAUCAGAUAGGAGAUGGUUUGCGUGAAUCGCCGAUGUGGUUGGGAAGCGAUACAUGAAGCAAUAUCAGAGGAUUUCAGCAAUAACAAGAAACGCAACGAAUGAGACUGGAACAUGAGCCAGGGGGAAGGGCCUGUUCUGGAGGAGAGCUGCCUGUUGGGAGAAAGGCUUUGACACUGCCCAGACCAGGCUGAAUCAGGACAGAGGUAUCACCACACCAGCAGAGGGGCAUACCUCCAUUUUGCAAAGAUGGCGCAAUCCUCUGUUAAGAUGGCUUGCAUAGCCAACUGCAUCAGCGUGUAGCAUGUAGCAAUGCAGGUGGCGCAGUGGUGACUGUACGAGUACACUAUUGGAGUAAAUCCCAUCCGCCGAUAAUAGAGCCUCUCUGUCUUGCUCUCAUAUCUUGAGAUGUGUUUUGUCAGAUUGUUGAACUGACUUCCCCUAAUCUUUUCCUGUCCACACUCCCCCUCUUCCACUCCUGCCUCCCUCUCCUACUUCCCACGGUUCAUUUCUUUUAUUUUGGACUCCCACCUCCUUUCCCUGUUAGGAAAGCUACCGCUUGGAGUUUUCACCUCCCGUCUCCCAACUAUCUUUUCCCUGAGCACAUCUUCUCCUCCUUCUUUCCUUGUGGACCUCCUUGAUUGUCUGGUUCCGUCUGCGCUGCCGUUAGCCGGAUACUAUCUCUACACUCCCCGCGCAAAUCUUGCUGUUCCUCACUGAGCCGAGCCUUAGUCAUUGUGUCCCACGUACGCCCUCACGCCUUAGACCGCCCCUCUUCUGCGCCAUGGCGUGUUUUGGCCGGCCGCUGGACUCCCCCUGCACCCUGGCCCUGCUGGUGGGGUUCCAGUUCGCCUUCGUGGUUUACUUUUCCCUCGGAGGGUUCCGGGGCCUGGUCUCGGUGCUGGUUCACUCCGCCGACUCCGAGUUUGACUAUGCGCACCCCCACGACGUCUACACCAACCUCAGCCACCUGGGGGCGCUGCUGACCUCCCACACUGGAGCCCCCGGGAAGGGUGAGCAGCUGAGGGACUGCCACUCCCCUUCUCCUCUUCUAGUUGGCCCGGUGUCUGUGCGCCUGUCCUCUCCCCUCACCCUGGAAGAGAUUCGGGAAAAGAACCCCCUGGUGACCCUAGGGGGCCGGUACCGCCCCCCUGACUGUGAGCCCCGCCACCAUACCGCCAUUGUGGUGCCUUACCGCAAUAGGCAGGCACAUCUGCGCUCUCUGCUGUACCACCUCCACCCCUUCCUGCAGAGGCAACAGCUGCAUUACAGCAUCUACAUCGUACACCAGAUGGGAAACUCAACCUUUAACCGCGCAAAGCUGCUGAACGUGGGAGUGAGGGAGGCGCUACGGGACGAAGACUGGAGCUGCCUGUUUCUCCACGAUGUGGACCUCCUCCCGGAGAACGACCACAACAGCUACACCUGCCACCCUAAGUAUCCCACACACCUGUCUGUGGCCAUGGACAAGUUUCAUUACAGGUUGCCGUACUCCCAGUAUUUUGGAGGGGUGUCAGCAGUGACCCCUGAUCAGUAUCUCAGGAUGAACGGCUUCCCAAAUCAAUACUGGGGCUGGGGCGGGGAGGACGAUGACAUCGCGGCCAGGGUGCGUCUGUCUGGGAUGAAGAUCGUUCGUCCCUCAGUGUCUGUGGGCCACUACAAAAUGAUCAAGCACAAGGGCGACAGGGGCAACGAGCAGAAUCCACGCAGGUUUGACCUGCUGAAGCGGACCAGAAUAAACUGGCGCUCCGAUGGUCUCAACUCCCUCACCUACGAACUGCUGUCCAAGCAGCUGGAGCCUCUGUACACCAACCUGUCUGUCAACAUUGGGGAGGACCCUCAGCAUCCACUGAAGAAGGUUCCGCCACCGAGAAAAAUAACGCCUCCUCCAACCAAACUGACAAAAAAGGCUGUGCCCACAACCAGCGCUCCAAAAACGGAUCGUGUCCAUGAGGGAUGGGCCAAUAAGACCUCUAGGCAAAGGGGAGUGGUAAAAUAGAGGCUGGAGCUGAGAAUAUGAAGAUGGUGUUAUGCUGUGAAAUCUCCAGCUCGGUCUCCUGACUAUAACUUUGCAGUUAUCUUGUGUGUUUAACUCAUGAAGACUUGGUCUUUGCAAAAAGGUAUUGAACAAAAAAAAGUUUUAUUUAUUUAUUUUUUUUCUUUAUUUUUGUCAAGCCUCUUUUUUCACCUAUUUGUACACAUGAAAGGAAGGAUGUUGGAAUGAACUACUCCAAGUGGUAGUUACAACACCAACCAAAUAGCCGCAAGGUGACUUCCUCCCAGGGAAAUGGGUGGAAAUGAACAAGUCAACGUUGAAACAGUUCAAAUGGCUGUUGUGGUGCUGGAAUGUGAGGUGAAGAGUACUUGGUUUACUGUUUUUAUCUUGUUUUUGUUUUUUUUUGUCCGGUGGUUCUUGUAUUUGACCUUUACCCUGCAGAGAGCGAUUCAUUGUUAUCCAGAGAUCUUUGCACCAUAUGGGAACAGACACUCUUUCACCGGUACAAGUCUUCUGUUUUCCAACAAAGCUGCUGCCAAAUUCUGCUGUUUACCUCCAAAAUGUGGGUUUGUGUUUCUGUGCCUUUUCUCUUGUAGAUGUACAAUUUAUAUUUGUGUGCAUCAGUUUGUUAGUUCUUUAUAAAUUAUUUCUCAGAUAUGUACUGAUAUUGAUAUAUUUUUUUUGCUGUUUUCUUGCAAAAUAUUCCCGAAGCAUACAAUGUUUGGUGUUUCAGUGGAUUGUGAUUUUAUUUUAGGUAGAGACAAUCAGAAUAUUUCAAGAAUUAGAUGAUAAAGCAAGCAAAGUGAUUUUAAAAAUGUAGAACUAAUAAAUAUCCUUGUACAAAUCAAGUUUUAGAAUACAUGAUUAUUGUAAUGCUGGAAUGCAUUAAUUUCAUAUAGGUUUUCUGAUUAGUUGUGUGCAUAACUGAAGAAAUUUAGUGGUUGCUUUUAAUAUAAUGAUUUGAGAGCAUUUUGUUUAUGAUAUGCUAUACAUGCCCAGUUUUCUGAGUUAUUCUCACCAGUAACAGAACCCUGAUCCCUUGCUAUUGAAUGGAUUCCUUUAUAAAUCAACCUUAUUGAAGUUCCACAUUAUCAGAGACCAAAUUAUGUUUAUGAUAAAAAUGAAGAAAGGGAGCCACAAUCUUAUCAACUUUGCAUUGUUGAGGGGCAUAUGACCACAAUGCUGUACUGUGAUGUUAAAUGAAUCUGUGAAGGCUCUAAUAACUGGACAAGUUUGAACGUGACAGUUUUAUUUUUAGUCAUUAUCUGUUUGAAGUACUGUACUUUUUAUGCAUAUCCAUUUUAGAAAUAUUACUUUUUUUGCUUUGAGUUGCACAAGGCUUGCUGUUGUGGUUUCCAAUACAACUGUAUAAUGUAUCUGAUGAAAUUAUGGUUGUUUUAAGGAUGUUUUUUGUAAAGACAAGUCAUUUCAACAAAAAAAAACUGCUCAAUCUUUAUGUGCCUCUUAUGUAACAGGAUUGUUGUAGAGUGACGUUUAACUCUAAAAUGGGUUGAGCUAUCAUGGGGUGUCAAUGAAAUUUGCUAUUUCUUGGGAGUUUUUACUACAGACAGCAAAUGCGUUACGAUUGGUACUUUUUUUUGGUACUUUUGAGUUAGUGGCCCAUGGCACAUGGAAGCUCCACCCAUUUUGGGUUUAAUUAAAUAACUCUGCUAUCACCAGUGUUCAGUUCAAGAUGAGCAUUGCCCAGUUUAGAUUUUAAACUUUAUUGUACAAAAUGGGUUCUGUCUUACUAUUCUUGUUGGAAAUAUGUGUGUUUACUUUGCUUUUAUCUUUUAAAUGCCUUCUUAUUUACUGUGUAAACACUAGACAGUGUUGAGAUAAUCAUAUGAAAUCUACUAAGUAUGCGAUGAGUUGUGGUAUCAUUUUUGUUUUUUGAUGCUGUGUUUGAUUUUAGAUUUUGUGGCUUUGGUUUGAGGUAGGGUGUAAGUUCUAUAGAAUAACAAAUUAAGCUAAGAAAAUAAUGCUGACCAUGUGGAUUGUUUUAAUAAAUUCAAGACAGAAAUUUGGCCUUAACCUCUCAAUGAUCGUUUUAGUCAUCAACAACCUCCUUGAUGAUUCCUCAUGUAUUAUUGCUGCAUAUGUAAAUAUUGUCAGGCCAAAUUAAAAAUUAUUUUAAAUGAU